AGCGUCGCAGCCAAGCAUUGCAACCACAUCAUAACUCUGCGGCAACCGGCGGCCGACUGAAGCUAAACUUUCACUGACGUCACCAUAUAUCGACCCGAAGACCACGCAUGCGCUUACAUCCCAAACCCUCCAGCCUUUCACAGAUUAUGAAAGAACACUACACUUAUGGACUCAGUUCUUGAAUAUAACAACCUAUUUACAUUGCAUGCUUGAUGACUGUCGUACAUCCUUAACGUACAGAUUAACAUCACAAACUUAGUUAUUCCCUAGCAAAGGUACCUACAAGCGUUGUACAUACUAUCUAAAACGGUCUUCCUGUAUUUAAGUCUUUUAUAAAAACUUGCCCAUCAUCGCUCAUGUGUGUACACACAUCAAAUUAAUUAAUCAUGAAUCAAUUCAAUCAAAUCGUAAUCUUUUACGAGUAAUGCAGAAGUGGUGAUAAUUAAAACAAUAAAAAGUAUUGAUGGAGUUUAUCAUUCUUUAUGUUCCUGAUAAGCGUAUGCGAUGUGCAACUUGAAGCUUAUUUUUUUAAUGUUACAUUUUUUGUUCAAAAAAUGUUCAAAUCAUGAGAUUGUUGAAGGGAGAAUCGUGAAUGGUGAAUACUCUCGGAUACGUGAUAACGCUCACGCUGUACUUCUACAUAUAAUAAGGAGAGAUCAUUCGGCUCACAUAUGUGGAUCAUCUGUCCUGAACCAAAACUUCCUACUGUCGGCUGCGCAUUGUUUUUACGAGUUGGACAUUGUUCAAGUGAUAGCAAUAGCCGGUCACGAAGAUGUGAGAAAGUCUACCGUAUCAAGAAUUGCAUCAAAAGUUACAAUACACGAGCACUUUCAACUGCAAACUGUAGAAAAUGACAUAGCCUUAGUUAGUCUAAACGGGACACUGCCUUUAGGUGCAAAUAUCAAACGUAUUGUUUUAAAGAAAAGUUUUCCAAGACAGGCAAAGGGCAUACUUGCGGGCUGGGGUUAUAUUAAUGAUGAUGAUGGUCCUCCAUCACAAAUUUUGAAAAUGGUCAAACAAACAGUACUACCAAGACGAGAUUGUAGAUAUCUUAAAUUAAGGCCGGGGAUGCUAUGUGCUGGGAGUUUGAUUCCAACAGAAUCGAGACCAGCCAAAGGCGAUUCUGGCAGUGGUUUGAUAACAAAAAGAUAUCAGAUUAUAGGAAUACUAUCAUACAAACUCAAUUCUCUUCCGGCUUUACCUGUUUAUACAAAUGUCACCUACUAUUAUAAUUGGAUAAAAAAUCUCACAAUUAAAAAACAUUGUACCAUUAAAUAA